AUGAGUACAGUAGUUGAUGAUAUAGAAAAUUUCGCUAACACACCAUCAGAAAAGACAAAUCAUAAGAUAAUCAAGCAAAUUUUACUUUCGUUGAAAGAUUCAAAUAGAAAUGUCGUUUUAGACUUUAGAUUUGGAUACAACUGUGGCUCAAUUGAGAAUCUUAAACUACAAAAAUCAAUUGAUAUGUUCAAGAAUUUUAUAAAUCAAGCAAAAACAGUUUCUCAAAAAAUCCCAGCAGAACAGAAACCAGAAAAGCCAAUUACAGAGAAGAAAACACCUCAAUCUAAAUCCAAGCAACAAUCAUCUGCUGCAAAACCAGAAAAUUCUCCAGCUCCAAGUGUCAAAUCUGCAAUUCCUGGAAAGUUGAACAGUUGGAAGAAAUUUGUAUACAGGCCAGUCAUAGAAAAUACCACAAAGGAGAAAGCACGUAGAGAAACAAAUGCAAGCUCUGCAUCAAAAAUUGGAAAGAAGAUUGACAGAGAUCGCUUAAUCCAUGUUGCCAGAAAAUAUGCUAUGGAUCCAAAGGCUACAAGGGAAGACAUGGAAGGCAUUUUGGCCGAACUUGAUAAUCAAAUUGAAGAAUGUGUUCGUUACCAUGAAACUCUUCAAGGAAGUGAUAAGCCAGAAGAUCAGAAAGAUCGCAAUAAGCGCGGUCUUAUUAAAAAUCUUAAUGAUGAUGUCAAAUUACUUCGUGAAGACGAAGCAAAGUACGCAAAGUCAGAAAGAGAUCAUAGAUUACACUACUUGGAACUCCGCUCAUUUAACAAAUCAGAUGAAUCAGCAGAUAACAACAUAAUGAUUGGAGACAAAGAAGAUUAUUCAAUUGCCUUAGAACUUUUGAAAGAACAAGUCAACGAUUUAGAAAACAAAUUAAGUUUCUUGAGAAUUGCUUUCCCAGACAUUGCAAAACAAGAUUCUCUUCCUGAAGAAGAAGAGGAGGAAGAGGAAGAUUACGAUGAAGAGGAACAAAUAAUGGAGCAGAAUAAUGGUGAAGAAGAAGAAGAAGCAAAGAAUAAAAUUCCAACAGAAAAUCAUGAAGAAGACAAAAAUGAUCCAUCAGAAAUUAAAAUUGAAGAAGAGGAAGAACAACAAGAAAUCCAGCCUCCAAAAGCAGAGGAGGAGGAAGAUUUCCAUGAGGAAGAAAUGCUUAAUGAUGCCGAGGAAGAGGAAAUUGUUGAAUAA